GGCUAUACUGUAUAACACAGACUUGAUAAAUAAAACGCGUUCUGUAAUAGUUUAACGCACUAGUUUCAAGGUCGCAGUGUUCGAUUUCCGGUUGUUUACACAUCACAUUUGAAUCCGUAAUAUCACAUUUAUUAAUGAAUAAAGUUAAGGUCAGCCAAAAAAAGAAAUGGAAGCCAAAAAGAGAAAUCUCGGACAGAAAGGACCAACUAAAAAGCUUAAGAAAACAGCUUCAAUAGAGCAACCCAACAAAGCAGAUAUCCAAGGAGAGCUGCUGUUGACUGGUAGCACACUGACUGGUGAGACAGACACUAGUAAAACAGAAGCUGGCCCAAUUCAAUCUGAAGAUGAAGCAUAUGACUUUUAUGUCAUGAGUGACAACGCUGAAUGGGAGAAAACGACAAUAACUGAGUUGGAGAAAAGGAGGCAAGGAAUACGGUGUAUUAGCAGAAAUGAGUGGAUUCCUGGAAAAUACAAACUUGAUAAUUUGAUAGAACCAGUUAAUAUUUGCAAGAAAGUUGUUGUAGGAUUUGCACCAUCACCAGCAAUUGGUAGUACAAAUUAUCUGGCACAAUCUGUUGUUCAGAGAAUGCUUGAUGAAAAUAGCACUGGAAAACUUAUCCCUGUCAGGAUAUCAGAGGAUUCUAUAAUACCAGAAGCUUUAAAUGUUCUACAUUCAGCAAAUGGUUGGGAAGAUAACUUGUGCGAGAAGUUGUUCUUUGCUUUAGAUGCAAUGGCUGCUGGCAAAUCAUCGUACACAUUAGAAGGCAGCAAAGAUGAACAAAUAUCUUGUCCAAGUCAUGGGAAAAAUUUACUGGAAUUUUACUGCUCAACAUGCAAGAAAUCAGCAUGUGAGGAUUGUAAGCAUGUAAUUCGUUGCUAUCAAAAUAAUCAUAAUGUGAUACCAAUGAAAACUGCUGUCCAUGAGUUUAACCAAAAUGCUACUGAGGUUAUGAAUAUAGCUCAAGGCAUUCAAAUCAAAUUGAAAGGAACACUUGAUGUUAUUAAUAAUGACAGAUCUGACUUCGAACAUCACCUAAAAUUAUGCAAGCAAGCUAUUGAAGUGAAGGAGAAGGCACUUAUUAAUAAAAUAAAAGAAAAAGGCAAAAAAUUAAUUUCAGACUUUGAAGAAAUAUACAAAGAAAAGAAAAACGUUGUUGAUAGUCAAGUUAAAAAUAUUGAUACAAAGCUGACUAAAGUUAAUAAUGUGAUGGCCUCAAUCAGUACAAUGAUGAACAAACCACAAGAAACUGAAACUCUUGAAUACCAUAAGACAACUAUCAACACUGUCAGAGAUGAGAUUUUAGGAACUGAUUUUGAUAAAUCAUUUCAUAAAAAAAAUAUUACACCAACUUUCAUUCCAUCUACACACUUGGAUGAGGUAAUGAAUACUGAAUGCAUUGGUAAAAUCACAACUGUUGAUGGAAUAUACAAGGUUGAUCAAGAUGAUGAAGCAAUUACCGUCACAAAAGGACAAACAUUUGUAGUAACCGUAUCAAGCUUAAGUGAGAGCGAUGCAAGUAAAUUAUCUGCAACUCUAAGCAACCCAUCACAUGAAGAAUCAGCCACUGAGGUAGAAUAUCAAGGAAAUGGAGAGUAUAAAAUAACAGGUAAAUGCAAUGUGGAAGGUGACUGGCAAAUGAAGAUUAUUGCGGGAGAGGCGCACAUCAAAGGAUCUCCAGUGAAUAUCAAGGUGGAAGCAUUGGGACUUGUACAUACCAUUGGUAACAUAUCAGAUUAUAAAGAACAUAUGAAAGAAAAUAAAGUGACAGAUGUAGUGUUAGACACAGAUGGAUGCAUAUUAGUAUCUAGUGCUAGUAAAGAUAUAUUAAAGUUCAAUCAAUCAGGUUCAUUUGUUGCUAAGAUACAGGUGCCACAAAAUGUACAGGUCGAUAGCAUGCAUCUAAUGUGUGAUGGUCACAUGGUGUACAGUGAUUUCUUAGGAAAAUGUGUUGUAAUGUGUGAUGACAAAUUUAAAGAAAUCAUCUCAUUUGGUAAAGGAAAAUUGAAAUAUCCAUGGGGAUUGACAGUAAACAAAAAAACUGGAGUCCUGUAUGUAACAGAUAGUGAGGCUCACUGUGUGUUUAAAUUCAAUGUUGAUGAUGGUAGACUACUAGGUAAGAUAGGUUCAGAGGGUAGUGAAGUAGGUCAGAUGAAUAAACCAAAUGUUGUUACUUUAACCAAGGAAGGUCAUAUGAUCAUUGCUGACUUCGCCAAUAGUAGAAUACAAAUGUUUGAUGCAAAUGAUAAGUUUAUGCGAAUCCUUGUUGGCUGUGGUAAGGAAGAUGGUAAAAUUUGGGCUCCUUGUGGUGUAACCAUGGAUAUGGAUGAAAAUAUAAUAGUGUCAAGUAAUCAUAAACUACAAUUAUUUGAUAAAAAUGGUGUCUUUAUUAAACGAAUAGAUCAUAAAGAUGAUGGAUUAGAUAUCCCAGCAGGAAUCAGUGUAAUCUCCAAUAGACCAAGAAGAGUAGCAGUAGCAAACCACAAUGCAAACAAUGUUAAAAGUUUUAACUAUUAAAUGACAUUGAAAUAUUAAGCCGUCUAUAUUAUAACUAUUAAAAUACACGGUACAAUUUGAUUUAAAUUCUCAUAAAAAUAAAGUCACAGUAAAUAUUGUACUGUUACUUGUUAUUCCAGGACAAUAUUCAUUUAUGCCUGUUUAAAGUAAUAUACAAGCAGCAGAGUAGUUCUGCAAAUGCUCAGUUUUGACAUUAAUUAUACUAUGUUAUUCUACGUUACUCAUUAGACAAUGUUGUCAGAGUGUUGCAUCAUGUAUGUGCGAGUUACACAAAAUAGUAAUAAAAUGUCUAUAUCAAAAUGA